UUAGCUUACACACAUAUAUAUACAGUCAUAUAUGUGUGACCAUUAAUCAGCUAUAUAUGGUUACCAGUGUAUAGCUGAGAGGUACGACUGACAACAAUCUGAGGAAUACGUUUCAUUUGUUUUCUAGCUAACGUGCAUAAGGAAACAGACAUGCUUAGCCGUACUCUCUUAUUUUUGGGGAUUUUUCUGAUCUUGGAGAAUGGAUCGCCUAUAGAUGUCUUUCCACAAGAAGUACCUGAAGCAACUGACCUCCCUGGAGGUAUCAUGGAAGACACAGAGAACCUCACCAGGACAAACUUUGAACAGCUGCAUAGAAUGAGCGACAGAUUCAAAUACAUUGCACGGAGCUGUAAAGAAAUUCUGGAUAAUCACAGUGAACGAGAAGAUGGGAUAUACUACCUGACCACAGCUAAUGGGAUGAAAUAUCAGACUUUCUGCGACAUGAACACUGCUGGAGGUGGCUGGACUCUGGUGGCCAGUGUCCAUGAAAACAGCAUUUAUGGAAGAUGCACUGUGGGUGAUCGCUGGUCCAGUCAGCAGGGUAACAAUCCAAAUCUACCUGAUGGAGAUGGAAACUGGUCCAACAGAAACACUUUUGGUUUAGUAGAAAGUGCCACAUCUGAUGAUUACAAAAAUCCAGGUUACUACGACAUUGCUGCUGAAGAUGUGUCUGUGUGGCACGUUCCCAACAACUUCCCGAUGGAGCACUGGAACCUGGCAGCCAUUCUCCGCUACCACACUGAAAACAGAUUCCUUCGUCUUUAUGGGGGAAACCUCUUCAACCUGUUCAAGCAAUUUCCAGUAAGGUACAACGUUGGCUCAUGCUCCAACAGAGGACCAGCGAUUCCCAUUGUGUAUGACCAUGGAAACAUGGAGUCCACCAGAAAUUUAUAUGGACCAAGUUCAAGAAAGGAGUUUGAUCCAGGCUUCAUCACAUUCAGAGCUAUAAACAAUGAACUAGGAGCCAUGGCUAUCUGCUCUGGGGUCAAACCCAGAGGGUGCAACUCCGAACAUUACUGCAUAGGAGGAGGAGGAUAUUUCCACCCAGACCAAUGUGGAGAUUUUCCAUCUUUUGACUGGGACAGGCUGGGAAGAGAUCAAGGCUGGAGUGCCUCCAAGGAGAUGACUGAGUCUGCAGUCCUUCUGUUUUACCGCUGAGGAGCUGUAUUUAAACAGCUCACCAGUAGAUGGCACUACACUACAGUGUAUUAUAAAUAUAUAGCUGGAAGUUUGGACCGAUUUUAAACAGGUAGCAGUGA